AUGAAACCAAAGGGCAUGAGGUCACCUCCUGGGCGUCGUCCACCCAUUGGAGCCAAAGCCCGAGAGUGUGGGCCUGUCAGUGCAGGAGGCCCCAUACUGUCCAUGAACCCAAAAGGAUCAGCAAACAUCGAGUUCAUCAUGUUGUUCAUCUGGCGCAUUAGGUUUUUUGAAAUGGGAAACGGAGAAGCAAAUAAUGUGCGAGGAUCAUCAGAUGCGAGCAAGCCACCGUUAAUGAAAUUGUCUUCAUAUGUGUUAGCUUUACGACCUUGGUCACUGAGUGCUUCUCUUAUGCCAACACUUCUUGGGUGUGCAAUUGCCUACAAGUAUGGUCAUAGUGACUUUAAUUGGCUUACUGUUAUUCUUACAUCAUUUACGGUUGUAUCAGUGCAUGGGGCAGGAAAUUUGGUCAAUACGUAUUUUGACUAUACAAAAGGUAUUGAUGGAAGGUUGAGUGAAGACCGUACGUUGGUUGAUCAUAUUCUCUCUAAAGAUGAAGUUGUCACCCUUGGUGCAAUGUUGUAUGCAGCUGGGUGUGUGGGAUUUAUUCUUCUUGUUGCCAUAUCUCCAGCUAAAAUGGAACAUUUAGCUCUGGUGUACUUCGGAGGUCUGUCUAGUUCAUUCUUGUAUACCGGAGGUAUAGGCUUAAAAUAUAUUGCGUUAGGUGAUGUGUUGAUUCUUAUUAUAUUUGGACCAAUUUCUGUUUUGUUUGCUUUCAUGGCACAAACUGGUUAUGUUGAAUGGGCAACUAUUUAUUAUGCAAUUCCUCUUGCUCUCAAUACUGAGGCUAUUCUCCACAGCAACAAUACAAGAGAUCUUGAAGUUGAUCGACAAAAAGGAAUUGUGACAUUAGCUAUUCUUGUUGGUCACACAGCCUCACGUGUUCUUUAUGCUUUCCUGUUAUUUACUCCAUACAUUUUGUUUGUGGUGUUCGGUCUCAGACAUUCUGUUUGGUUUCUCUUACCACUCAUAACACUGCCAGAAGCUUUUCGUAUUGAAAAACGUUUUCGAUGCCCACAGACCAUUCAAAAAGUGCCACGCCAGACUGCAAAACUGAAUCUUUUCUUCGGAUUUCUCUAUGUUUUGGCUUGCAGCUUGACAAACGUUCACCAACUACCAUUUCUGCCCUAAUUGGCUGCCAGAGAAGAAUACCUGAACCGUUUUUCAAAGCCUUGUAAAACAAGAUGAAGAAAGCAAAAUAGCUCAAACACUAGUAUUUUUCAGUGCUUUGUGACGAUACUAUAUGGCAGCAAAGAAGAAGAAGAAGAAGAGGAGGAGGAGGAGGCUGCCGGGCAGCCUGACAUUAGCAUAAUACUCACAUGUAACAAUGUGUUUUGACAAUAAUUAAUAUAAAUUGUACAGAUCUUAAUGCUUUCCAACUGCUUUAGUGCUCCCCAUUCCUGAUUUCUGAAUCCAAAUGCUAAGAUAACCUGUCGAGUAUUGUGAUAUUGGAGUUUAGUAUGUUGUAAGUUUUGCAAAUUAGUUUCCAAUACUUGAAAUAUUUGAAAGAAGAUUUUGUGUUGGAAAGUAUUAAUUUACACAGGUAGGCUUACAGGUUUUGAUGAAUAAUCAUGAAAUAGUGCUUGGAAGAACACAUCGUACUGGCCAAGAAAUACAAUGAAAAUAAAAAUUAUCUUUUUAUCACCUAUUUGUUUCACUUGUGGUAUUCGGCUUAUUUUGAAGUGUUGAUUUGAUUGUCUUCUGGCUCAUUUCUAAAAAAAAAUAUAAUCUGAGAAUUUAAAUUGAUUUAUAUCAAAAAAUCUGAAGAGGAAAUUAGUAGUCAUUGCAGUAUUUAAGUGUGUAAUUCAAGAUGACUGGAUAUUUUUUUUCAUUUUUUAAGAUUUUGCAUUUUUUGAAAAUUAUUGGAUCUGGUAUCUGUUGUGAGAACGUGAAUAGUAUUGACAAUCUCUUUGACAUUGACAUACACUUGCCAGAUGAAGUUUGUCAGUGCCAAGUGCUCAUCUUUAUGUAAUGUUCUAAUCUCCAUUUUGGAAAAACACUGGGGGCAUAUUUAUCAGAACACUGAUCCAUGUUGUGCAGUUCUUGGGAUUCCAUUAUCCAUAGAAUAACAAUGCGAUAGUCAAGUAUGUUUAAGCAGCGCAAUGGUGUGUUUAAAGGCUAUUCUGAGGCUACAUCUAGUAGCUUGCUGAGUAUUCUACCUCAUGGAAUUCUGUUAAACUUAGUAUUUAUUCUUUCAUUGUCUAGUGAUUCUUCAUUCUAGUGAGUCUCCAUUUUCAGAUACCAUCACAUUUUCCCCCAUAAGUACAGAUAUUUAUAACAAAAUGUGCUCAAAUUGAGAGAAUCUUAAUUCGAGGUUUGACCUUUUUUUCUUUUAUUUUAUAUUUGUGAAAAUGCCACAUCUCGUAAUUGAGUGUUUGGUAUAUGCUUACAGUCUGAAUGUAAAAUUAGAAAUACAUCUUAUUAACUAGUUAUAUAAAAAGUGCUUGUUUGUGAAUUGUAUGUUGGUUCAAGUGUAUAUAUGCUUUGGUUGUGAUGACACCUAAAACAAUUAUAACUCAAGAAAUACUGCUUAUCUAAAGCAUAGAACCAAGUUUUGGCUCUACAGCCUGUUCUGUUGUGUGUGAGGGGGGUGGGGGGAGUGCACAAAUUCUGAAAGUCAAUUUUUAGGUGUCCCUAGUACUUAAAUUUUUCAUCCAUGGAUAUAAGGCGGCAUAUUGAUUGAUAUAAAUGUAGGUAAUGGAUUUCAUUUGUAUGACAAAUAUUCUAUAUAUAAUUUAUAAGUUUAUUUAAACUAACAGGUGAUUAUUCAUGUAAAUAAUGUCUGACAUCUAGUAAAAAUUUUUUUAUAAGAAUGUUUUGUGAACCCACACCUUUCUAAAAUAU